AUGCAUCAGCCACAGAGCCAUGCCUCUGCGGCCCUGGCGCCUUGGAGUUGGGGCCUCCAGCAAAUUCUGGACAGGAGAUGUCAGGACCGAAAUUCCGGACGGCACAGGCUUCGGCGACAGCAUGUGCAGUUCAGAAGGGCUUUGCCCUCACGAGCACGGGUGAGGCUAGCCGUGAGCCAGCAAGACGUUGGUGUUCUUUCGACUGGGUUUCCGUACCAGCAGCUGAACCUACCAGCCUCUGAUGGGAUGGGUGACGAGCAGGUAAGCCUGGCAGCUGGAACUGGUCUGGUAGCAAUCGCAGGUUUUCUAAUUUUGCGAGCGCUGCGACAACGGCGAAAGCAGGAGGAGUUUAUGGCAAGAACUGCAGAUGAUGUCCACGGUGUGCUGGCAUUGUCCUCGCGGGAUGGGGACUUCCUGCAGAAUCAGGUGCAGUCAAGCCCAUCCACGGCAUCGGAGAGGUUCGACUAUGAGACGUUGGAGUCCGGUAGCUACCAACAUGAACACACCUUCAAGGACUGGAUGACCCUCGAGUCCAUGGCAGCUAGUGCCAGCAUGGGUGCAUCCUUCUCAAAUCCACAGUUCUGCAGGGUGGCGCACCAACUACUGACGCGGGACGGUUUGGUGGUGCUGAGCUUGCAGACCGUGAAAGACUUUGCGACGCGUGGUAGUGAUGGGUUUCAGGACAUGUUGGAGAUGGUGUUCCAGGGUACCGCGGUGAUCCUCCCGCUUGAAGACAACCAUGUGAAGCGCAGCAACACCAGAAUCUCAACCUUCCACUUGGACGAGGUCCCUGGGAAGAGCGUGAACGAGGCGAAGCAUUUGCUUGUGAACGUGUGGUUCCCUUGCCCAGACUGCGCCAUCGGCCGGAAGCGCCUCGCAAUUGGCAGAGGGAGAGCCUUCCGUGCCAUCGAGGCCGCCGAGAAGUUGAAAGUCUAUGGCCCUGGUCCUCGAAUCCCGCGAUCGCAGCCCACGGUGAACUACUGUCUUUCGCCGGAAGGUGCUGAGAAGCUUGCUGCAGCGGGAGACCUGGCAUUCACGCCGGGAGACUCAUUGGUGGUCUUUUUAUCCGGCACGACCUCCAGCCUUCCGGUGCCGAUCUGCCCGCACGCUGGAGCACUACCCGGUUCAAGCCAGGAGUUCAGGUACUACGUCUACGCAAGAAACAAUGCGAGCUGA